AUGGGAGCGGUGUGGGGGCUGCCUUUCCCACAACUGUACCCCUACGGCAGUCACCACUCGACGGGCCGUGUUGUUGGAGGGCAGGAAGCAGUUCCACACAACUGGAAAUGGCAGGUAUCUCUGCAAUCCGCAUACAAGACCUCACCUGAUUACUACGGCCACUUUUGUGGGGGAACCAUUUACAGACGUAAAUGGAUCAUGACCGCUGCUCAUUGCUUCAGCUCACCCGAGGAUUAUCUGUACCGCGUGGCCUUAGGAGAGCACGAUAUUGAUGAGGUGGAGGGAACGGAAUAUUACCUGGACGUAGAUGCGAUCUUCAUCCACGAAAACUGGGAUCCAAAUUACAUCACAAAAGGGUACGUUCACAUCGCAAGAUGGUCCAAGUGGUGCAGUAAAACUAACGUAUACGAUAACUCCUACAUCGAAAUUGCAGUAGAACCGGGAAACGGGGAAAUCCUUGCUCAUGGCUAUUCCUGCUACAUCACGGGAUGGGGGUCCACUGGUAAUAGUUCACCCUCUAAGUUACAGCAAGCCCUACUCCCUGUGGUCGACUACGCUACUUGUUCCCAAUCCAACUGGUGGAGCACUGCUGUGAACGAACAGAUGAUCUGCGCUGGAGGAGAUGGCUAUACAGCCGGCUGUUUUGGGGAUUCUGGUGGGCCUCUUAACUGCUUGUCCUAUGACGGAUAUUGGACUGUCUAUGGUAUUGUGAGCUUCGGCCCAGGAACUUGCAACCAGUUUCAGAAACCAACUGUUUUCACACGGGUUUCCGCCUACCAGGACUGGAUGGAAAAGGUGAUACAAGCGAAUGGUGGGGAUUAGGACAUAUCAGUACAACAAGAAGAAGAACAAGUUGCAUUUAUAUAGCGCCUUUCACUUCAGGAGGUACCAGACGGGAGGUGAUG